AUGCAAUCCCGUCCAAGGGAUGGUCUCGAGCUUGCCGACGCCAUCCUCGACGCGGGCAAGGAUCUCAACACUCACGUGGUGAUCCAUGGAGCCGAGGGACGCGGAUUCAACGCCGGCGUCGACAUCAAGGAGAUGCAGGCGACCGAGGGAUUCGACGCACUGGUCGCCGCCAACCGCGGUUGCGCCGCGGCCUUCGCAGCCGUCUACGACUCGCGCUGUACCCGUCGUCGUGGCCGUCAACGGAUUCUGUCGACCGCGGCGCACUCCGGCGCUGCCACACACCUCUCACGACUGGUGCCGCAACACAUGAUGCGCACGCUCUACUACACCGCACAGAGCGUCGACGCCCACACACUCAAACAGUUCGGCAGCGUCUACGACGUGGUCCCGCGCGAGAAGCUCGACGAGUGCGCUCGCGAGAUCGCCGCAAAGAUCGCCGCGAAGGACACCCGCAUCAUCCGGUGCGCCAAGGAAGCCAUCAACGGCAUCGACCCGGUCGACGUCAAGGGCAGCUACCGCCUCGAGCAGGGCUACACCUUCGAACUCAACCUCCUCGGUGUGUCCGACGAACACCGCGACGAGUUCGUCGCCACCGGCAAGCCGCGCGAGAACGCAACCCAGAAGGAAGGC